GCCCUAGCCAGGGCGGCCCCUCGUUAGGCCAAGUUUUCAAACGGCAAAAUCAACCGCGCUGAAGAGACUAUGCCUCCUUCUUUUCACUCCGCAUCCCAGACGCUUCAGAGAAACUACCUUUCAGACCUUCGCGGCCUCUCCUGCGCCCGCAGCGCCCGGGAGCUGGGGACCCGGGCUUAGCCACAUCGACCGCAACGUUCGCGCGCCACCUUGUGUCCAUUCCUUUAGCCUCCAGGGACAACCCGGAAACCACAUUUCCCAGCGUGCCGAGCGCCUCUGCGCAGGCGCAAAGAGUUUCCCUCGUUGCCAUGGGAACCUCGCCCCUUCUAGAGUCCCGACCGCUUGACUCAGCGAAGCGCGAAGGUGUUGUUUCUUCUUGAAGUGCGCUGGGGCUGGGACCCGGUCUGCAGAAGGUCCAGGGGGCGGCGUAGGGGGAUUGAGGAGAGGAGACCAAGCCGGCCUUGCCUCCGGGACCAGCGCUUCCAAAUUCUCAGGGGCGUCCCGGCGCGCACACGCUCCUGAGGCCUCGGCGUUCUGAGGAAAGGGGCUGGCGUGGCGACCCGGGUCCUCGAGGCCGCGAUCCGGCUGUGGCCCGCGAAGCGCCGCUCGCCCGCGCCAGCGUCUUGUCACCCCGAGCCGAGGGCCUGCGCGCGGCCGACAGAUAUGGGAUGCUGGAGGACACCUCGGGGCCACAAAUGCUCCUUCUCCUGGAGACGCAACUCAAGGGUCCUCAAGGCCAUAGGACCCCAUAACCCCAUAGGUGUCAGGGGGCAGAAACAGGACUGUGUGAAGAUUCACAGCCUCCCGCUCCCUUGCCUUCAUGGAGCUUCGGCAUCUACCCUUAUUCCAGGCGGCUGCUCAGGGGCACCGUUCUAACCCUUUCUGCCUGGAGAAACUGCCGUUUUUCCUUAAAGGAUUCUCGAAGCCAGAAGGAGCAGCCACCUCCCACUCCCGGCUGCUGCAAGCAAGCUGCUUUGACCUCUUUCUAGAGUUGGGGAUUGCUGCUGGAAUCCGAGUCUCCGGCCCAGAGUGGGUGCGAUGGUCUUGCUUGCACCCUGUAUCCCCCGACAGACGCCCGGGAACUCUACUAAGUGGGUGACCCCAGAGAGCUCGCCCCCACACUCCGACUCCGAGUCCAGCACUCGGUCCACUACACAGGGACCUCGCGCCCCAGAGCUGCGUCCUCUUUGACCUUCGCGAUCCGGUGCGCGGCCCGCGGAACGCCCCGAUCUCCAGGGGCGCGGAAGGCUGAGGCGCGCCGGGGGAGCCAGGAGCAGCCAGCUGGCGGGCGCCGCAGGACUCCCCGGUCACGUGACACCCCGGGCAACGUGCGCCGUCACGUGACGGCUGAGCCUGUGAACGUUUUUCUCACGUGACGGAGGCGCCUGCACGUGGACCAAUGGGGAGGCGGGGGCGGGACCGGCAGGGGUGGUGCGCGGGAAGGGACCCCAGAUCCGGAGGUCGCGGAGAGCUGGGCAGCGUUGGCCGCUGGCGGAGCGCUGGGGCAGCAUGAAGUGCCUGGUCACGGGCGGCAACGUGAAGGUGCUCGGCAAGGCCGUCCACUCCCUGUCCCGCAUCGGGGACGAGCUCUACCUGGAACCCUUGGAGGACGGGCUCUCCCUCCGGACGGUGAACUCCUCCCGCUCUGCCUAUGCCUGCUUUCUCUUUGCCCCGCUCUUCUUCCAGCAAUACCAGGCAGCCACCCCUGGUCAGGACCUGCUGCGCUGUAAGAUCCUGAUGAAGUCUUUCCUGUCUGUCUUCCGCUCACUGGCGAUGCUGGAGAAGACGGUGGAAAAAUGCUGCGUCUCCCUGAACGGCCGGAGCAGCCGCCUGGUGGUCCAGCUGCAUUGCAAGUUCGGGGUGCGGAAGACUCACAACCUGUCCUUCCAGGACUGUGAGUCCCUGCAGGCCGUCUUCGACCCAGCCUCGUGCCCCCACAUGCUCCGCGCCCCAGCACGGGUUCUGGGGGAGGCUGUUCUGCCCUUCCCUCCUGCGCUGGCUGAAGUGACGCUGGGCAUUGGCCGUGGCCGCAGGGUCAUCCUGCGCAGCUACCACGAGGAGGAGGCAGACAGCACUGCCAAAGCCAUGGUGACUGAGAUGUGCCUUGGAGAGGAGGAUUUCCAGCAGCUGCAGGCCCAGGAAGGGGUGGCCAUCACUUUCUGCCUCAAGGAAUUCCGGGGACUCCUGAGCUUUGCAGAGUCAGCAAACUUGAAUCUUAGCAUUCAUUUUGAUGCUCCAGGCAGGCCCGCCAUCUUCACCAUCAAGGACUCUUUGCUGGACGGCCACUUUGUCUUGGCCACACUCUCAGACACCGACUCACACUCCCAGGACCUGGGCUCCCCAGAGCGUCACCAGGCAGUGCCUCAGCUCCAGGCUCACAGCAUACCCCACCCAGACGACUUUGCCAAUGACGACAUUGACUCUUACAUGAUCGCCAUGGAAACCACUAUAGGCAAUGAGGGCUCGCGGGUGCUGCCCUCCAUUUCCCUUUCACCUGGCCCCCAGCCCCCCAAGAGCCCCGGCCCCCACUCCGAGGAGGAAGAUGAGGCUGAGCCCAGUACAGUGCCUGGGACUCCCCCACCCAAGAAGUUCCGCUCACUGUUCUUCGGCUCCAUCCUGGCCCCUGUACGCUCCCCCCAGGGCCCCAGCCCCGUGCUGGCUGAAGACAGUGAGGGCGAAGGCUGAACCAAGAACCUGAAGCUUGUACCCAGAGGCCUUGGGACUAGACGAAGCCCCAGCCAGUGGCAGACCUGGGUCUCAGCCCUGGGGAUCAGAAAGGUGGGCUUGCUGGAGCUGAGCUGUUUCACUGCCUCUUGCAGGCCCCAGCUGGCUGUCACUAAGCUGUCCCACAGCGGUCGGGCCUGGGCCCUGUUAUCUCCCCAGAACCCCCAGCCAAUCAUGACUUUCCAGACUUGGCUCUGAACUACUGACGUUCCUACCUCUUAUUUCCCAUUGAGUCUCAGGCUAUACUCCAGCUGGCCAAGGCUGGAAACCUGUCUCCCUCAGGCCCACCUUCCUAAGGAAAAUGUCACAGUAGGUGCUGCUGGCCCCUGGUGAUCCAGCUUCUCUGCCAAUCAUGACCUGUUCCUUCCUGAAGUCCUGGGCAUGCAUCUGGGACCCCUGUGGAGCUGACAGUUUUUCUUGCUUUCCUGAUACUCUGGCGCUGACUUGGAAUUCUAAGAGCCUUGGACCCGAGUGUGUGGCUAGGGUUGCCCUGGCUGGGGCCUGGUGCCCAGCCUCCCAAGCGGCUCUGUGCAGAAGAGCUGCCAGGCAGUGUCUUAGACGCUAGACAGAGGCCAUGGCGAGAAUCCAGCUUUGACCUUUAUUCAAGAGACCAGAUGGGUUGCCCCAGGAUCCGGCUGCCAGCCCUGAGGCCAAGCACGGCUGGAGACCCACGACCUGGCCUGCCGUUGCCCUGAGCUGCAGCCUCAGCCCCAGGAUCCUGCUCACAGUCACCGCAGGUGCAGGCAGGAAGCAGCCCUGGGGGACUGGACGCUGCUAUUGAUUCAUUAAAAAAAAAAAAAAAAGAAAAAUACA